AUGUGUUUGCGUGAAGUUAUCGCAAAGAACUUACUUAAAUACUGGCUCAACAACCAUGAACUGGCUGGUGAUAAGUCAACAACUCUGUCCGUAAACAUUAUCACACUUCAGUCUCUCGUAGGUCGUAAGAAUUCUACCGUAAUACGCGGUCGCAUUUCUACUUCCCAAGGAUCAGCAAUGGAACCAUCGCCGAACAAAGAAUUAAACAUAUUGUUGCUCGGCGAAACCGGUGUAGGGAAAUCUACAUUUAUAAACGCCCUCGUGAACUAUCUUAAAUUCGAUACGUUAGAUGACGCACAAUCCGGGGACUUGGAGGUACUGAUCUCAUCUAAAUUCACAACAAUGGAUGAGGAAUACGAGAUGAGAACGGUAAAAAUUGGCAAUGAUGAUUCAAACGAGCAAUUAGAAAGGCCCGGAAUGUCGGCCACUCAAGGAUGCAAAAGCUAUAGAUUUCUUUUGGGCGACAUGCUCGUAAGAUUGAUCGAUACGCCGGGAAUAGGGGACACCAGAGGAAUCGACCAAGACAAGGAAAAUUUCGAAAACAUUCUCAAGUAUAUUAGCAAUUUUGAGAACCUGCAUGGGAUUUGUAUCCUUCUCAAGCCCAAUAAUUCGCGACUGACUGUAAUAUUUAGAUUUUGUAUACAAGAGUUAUUAUCACACUUACACAAGAAUGCCAAAGACAAUAUUGUCUUCUGUUUUACCAAUUCCAGAGGAACACUCUAUCGUCCAGGCGAUACAUUACCGGCACUCAAAGAACAACUUCGCGCGCUCAGACAAAGAUCUGGUGUUGAAAUAAAAACAAACCAAAAUACUAUGUACUGUUUUGACAGCGAAUCGUUUCGGUUCCUAGCGGCAGUCAAAGCGGGCAUAAAGUUUGAAGAAAUGGAUGAACAAAGUUUCGCAGAGAGCUGGAAAAGAUCAGUGGGUGAAUCAGUGAGACUCCUCGGUUAUCUCUGUUUACGUGACCCUCACAAAGUAAAGGACACAUUGACACUAAAUGAUGCCAGAAGAAUAGUAAUAAAUCUUGCCAAACCUCUUGCAGAAGCGGAACGACUUAUUAAAACGAACAUUGCUCUGAUCGACGAGCGACAAAAAGAGAUUGAUAGCUGCAACGAAUCCAUUCAAGAUCUUAAUAGGCGGCUGUUCAUCCCACAGAAAGACCUUCAUUCAGUACAGCUAGGAUAUCCCAGAACUGUGUGCACCGCAUGUCGUAAGGAAGUGGUGAACGGAAAAAUAAACUACAAUGCGCAGUGUCAUCCACACUGUUAUUUAAGCGGGGUUGCGUGCAAUGUGAUUAACAAUUCAGCCUUGCAGAGCUGUGCAGCUAUGGGAUCAAAUGGAUCUUGUAAUAAUUGUGGCUGCUCCUGGGCAACACACAUGCACGUGACCUGGGAAGCCACCUUCGUAACUAAAAACGUCGUUGACGAGAGUGUGAAAGCACAGAUCAAUGACAAGAAAACGUUUCAAGAUACAAAGGCAAACGCCAUUAAACUUUGUCAACGGAGACGCCAGCAGCUAGAACAAGAACAAAAGAAAAUAACCGAAAUUAAUAUCACAUUCGCAAAGUUUCUAAGGCAAAGCGCAAUAGCCACUUUCAAUGACGCAUAUGCAGAAUACCUGGAUCAUUUCAUAAAGGAAGAAAAAAUGAAGAAGAGUGUUGAUCCCGCUAAUUAUGACGAUGGCGUUCUCCAAGGACUUGAAAAAACGAAAAAAGAAUACCUGGCAAAGAUAGAAGUUAUAAAGAAAGCAAUUGCGUGCAACGAUCCUUCCGAGUCUCCAGUCUCGCCAGACGAGAUAGCAAAGCUUGAAAAAGAAUUGUAUAAUCUAAAACUUAACGGUGAAACCCUGAAAAAUAUGAAAGAUGUAGCGAUGCGCAGUCAAACCGCUGCAUUCAAACACGAAGAAAAAAACAUUAGGCUCUCUGGAAAUGGUACUCAGAGGUCAAGAUCAAGAUUUUUCUCCAGAUUUUUCCAGUGA